AAAAUCUGAGUAAUUCCGGCAAAAUGGAAUGGUUGGCAGCUCUGAUAAACUCAGUCUGAACAAGCUAUAAAUAUUCUUAGAUCAACAGUUCAACACCAAGAGGAAAUAAAACAGGAUGUCACAUAAAAUACAAUCUUCCUGUCUCACACUUAAAUACAGCUAAAUUCCUUUUAAAAAUCCUUUUCAACAAAAUUAUUCAUAAGAGACAUUCUUAGGCAAUCCUACUGGCUUCCUGCUAGUUGCAUACAAUUUGAAGCUCCAGCACUAAAAUCAGGAAUUAAUUAUUUUGUGUGCUAAUGGAAAAUGGAACAUUUUAGAUGAACACUCUGAUAAGUUCUUGUUCUUGAUGAUACUGUAAUAUCUCAAAAGUGCACUGACUAUAUAUUUCUACCUGUCUGGUAUUAGAGAAUUAUGGCAGUUUACACCAUAAGCUGCAAAAUUUGUCUUGAGCUACUACUUCUUGCAGUAGGACUUAUUUGGCUACAGGUGCAACUAUCUGAUGCAUUUGGUGCAGAAACUGUCAAGACUCCCACAAAAUGCCGGCUGAAGAACUCUAGCCAUGGAGUUAUUGCAAACUGUGAGCACCUUGGACUCACAGAGGUUCCUCAGGAUCUGCCCCAAGGUGUGACCGAGCUCAACUUGUCCGUCAACAAACUGACGGUCCUCUACAACGGUUCUUUUCAGGGUGUUCCAAAUGUAACCCUCCUCAACUUGCAGGUGAACCCAAUAAAUUCUAUACAAAGCAGGACUUUCUGGAAGUUGACAAAGCUCAGUACUCUCAUCAUCAUUGGGAACAAUCUAGACUAUAUACCUCCAAAAAUAUUUCUGAAGAACUUGCUACUUACAAAGCUGCUGUUGAAUGGCAAUCACCUGGAAGCUGUUCCUCAUGAAGCCUUUUCAGACAUACCCAACUUGUCAAAUGUGGAGCUCGCGGGGAACAAAAUCAAGAGUCUCAACUUUGAGGGAUGUUCUCAAUGGAACCAUCUGGAAUACGUAAACCUCAAACUAAAUGAGGUUGAAGAAAUUCAACAAGAGGACUUUCUUCCUCUGCAGAACACAACAAUUGGCACUUUGACCCUCAUGGCUAACAAAAUUCAAAUUCUACAACCACAAUGUUUUUUGCAUCUGAAUUCGAUACCACAAAUUCUGCUUGGAGGAAAUCAUAUUAACUCAUUUGACAUUCAACCUUUCCUUGGCAUGACUUACAUCGAACAUUUAUCAUUGUUUGGCUGCCAGAUCCAUGAUCUUGUACCACCUGACUUACCUUCCAAUCUGUCCAUCACUUACCCAACCAUCAAAAGUCUAACACUAUCGACUAAUAAGCUUGAGACUGUACAAGAGGGUGCACUCUGGGGCUUCACGACUUUGGAAGUGCUUUCCUUGAGUCUUAACAAACUCAGACUCCUCACUAAUAAGUCAUUUUGUCGUCUGGAGUCACUUACAGAACUAGACAUUUCAUACAACAAAUUAACAUCCUUCUCAUAUGGGACAUUUGCUUGCCUGCAAAAUUUGAAACAACUGAAUGCAUCUGGAAAUUUAUUACAGACUCUCUCUCCUGGAUACUUCCAUGGUAUGUCAUCUAUUCUUACCAUAUCCCUCUCAAGUAACAGAAUCGAUGCACUGAACAAUGACCAGCAGCUUUGGACAAUCAAGACCCUCUGUAUGCUUGACAUAUCCAACAAUGCUUUAGACAGUGUUUCCAAGGAGAGAUUUAAUGGACUAACCAAUUUGGAGGCAUUGAACAUAUCUGGCAAUAACAUUAAUUACUACAGUUACACAGCUUUCACAGGCUUACUAAAUUUGAAAGAGCUGCACCUGAAAAAUGAGCAGACCACAUUUCUGCAAAAUUCCUUUUGUCAACUGCAUACACUUCUCAUUCUGGAUCUAUCAAAUGCACCCAUCCAGGUGUCACCAGCGUCAACAGAGCAGUUUUCCAACAUGAGUAGUUUAAGCGAACUGCGUAUGGAGAAGGCACGGUUGAAAGAUACAGUUCUAUAUGACCAAGAAAAACAUCAGUCACUUGUCACCGGUCUCUUCUCGCUUCGUAAGUUGCGAAUCAAAGACAAUUUUUUGUAUGACCUUGAUGUCAGGAUAUUUCAGAACCUUUCACAACUGGUCCAUCUUGAUAUGACCAACUCAAGAAUACAUACGCUAAGGUCAGGACUGUUCAGUCCUCUCCCCUCCUUAAGGUACCUUUAUAUCAGUGAGAACAAUCUGGUGGAGGUUCCUGGAGACCUAUUCAAUGGCCUCUUCGGCCUGAAAGUGCUGUAUUUCCAGAACAAUAUCCUGAGUAGUCUGGACCCCAAGACUUUCGCCCAGACACUGACAUUGACGGAUCUUUAUCUACCUGGGAAUCAAAUCAGCACCAUUAAACCUGGAACAGUUCUACCAGGUAAUACUUCCCUUAGGUUCGACGUCUCAAAAAACCCCUUCACCUGUACAUGCCCCUUGGCAUGGUUCAGGCAGUGGUUGGACUCUGCCGACAUUGAUUUUAAACAUGCAGACCAGACCCUGUGCUCCGGGACGUCCCUGAAAGGACUCUCAAAACAGCCAAUACUGUCCUUUCAUCCUGAAGAUCAUUGUGGAGUCAAUGUCUUUCUUAUAGUAGGUAUUUCCUUAACAGGUAUUUUCCUUUUUCUGAUAACUAUGCUUGCUUACAACAGACGUUGGUGGUUGAAUCACAAGCUUUUCCUUCUUAAACUUGCUGUUGUUGGCUACGAAGAAAUGGCAGAAGCCUUUGAUGCAGAUAACUACAAGUUUCAUCUGAACCUCAUGUUCCUUGAAGAGGAAGAGGAAUGGGUUGAUCGGGUCAUGAAACCUGCCCUGGAGGAGAGGUUGCCGCAUCUGCAGAACAUCAUCUACGGAGACAAAGACCUCCAUCUUGGAAUGUUCUACAUCAAUGCCAUCAAUGACGCCCUGGAUAACAGCUUCAAGACUGUCUUGUUGAUAAGCAACCAAUCUAUACGUGAUGCCUGGUGCAUGACCAAGCUCCGUAUGGCACUGGAGCAUCUCAACGAAACAGGUCUGGACAAAAUCAUCUUGAUAUUUGUGGAGGACAUCGAGGAUGAGAACCUGCCCUAUCUUGUCAGGUUGUUCAUGAGUAGGAACAAACCUUACAUGUUGUGGAUGGAUGAUGAAGAUGGACAGGAACUAUUUUGGGCUCAGUUUGAGAGAAGUAUGAGAGCAAAUAAAGCUAUCAACAAUGCCAUUCCUCUUUAACGGGCAAUCACGUUUUUGUAUUAACAAAUCCUAUCACCUAAUCACCAUAAUGUUCAAAGUAUUAAUCUCAGGCAAUUUUAAUAGCCUUGUACAUCACCUUUUGUGAACAUUACUUUGUACCACAUAAAUCCAUAAUCUAAAUCUAAUUUAUAUACCGGUAGGAUACUGCACGUACGCUCUUAACCAAACUUGAAAUAUCAAGAACAAAAAUUAAAAAUUAUUUUCUUGACAGUCUCUACGAUCAUUUUUAAAUUGCACUGUUUGAUUUAUGCAUAUAAUGGUUGCCGAAGCAUAUAUGGUUCAAUCAAAUGAAAAGGCUAGAUUGGGGAAUGUCUUGAGCAACAUGAAAGGUGGUUUUGUGCAUUUCAGAUGCUAGAGGAUUAAAGCGGCAAUUUAACUGGUUGCAUAACUACAUGAGCAAGAACAUCCUUGUGUUUGCUGCUUAUUAUAACAGCAAGCAAAUGAACAAGCUGGCCCUUGUCUUACCCAGUCGAAACAAUACAUACAUGUAAGU